AUGGAAGCGGAUGAACUUUUAACAAAUCACAGCAAUGUCAUCAAAGCUAAAAAUUCAUCUCUCUCUAGUUCAUUAUCAUUUUCAUCUUCAUCUAAUUCAUCUGACUAUAAAAAUGAAUCUAAUACUGUUCCUUUCAAUUCAUUUAGCAUGGCUCCAAAGGACAUGCCACCUCCUGACGAGCAGCUCAAAAUCAUUGAAAGUAUUCCAGAUCAAGACCAAUACGUGGUGGGCCAAGAUGCAUACCUCAUUCCUUCUGACUUUUUGAACCAAUGGUUCAGUUAUGUAUAUUCUGCAAGUGCUGAAGGAACAUCUAUGCCACCUAAAGGUCCAAUUAUAACGCGUAAAAACUACAAUAUUAGGACAAGAACACCAAUUUUCGGCAGAGAGAAAGACUACACGCCUGUUACUAAGCCUACCUGGGAAUACUUCCAAAAAUGGUACGGAGGAAUCGAAUCUACAGUUGCUGUUGAAUAUGAUGAGAAAGAAGAAAAAGCUACACCAGUUCUUGAAGCAUUUGAAACUCGUAUCAACUUUGGGGAUGAUUCUAAACCGUUAAUUGUCCCUAAAUUCAUUUCUAUCAAAGAAUAUCUCAAAAAAUGUCUUGCAUUAUUUGAUAUAAAGUAUUCCGAAGACCAAGAACCUAAAGAUGAAGAAAACACUCCAGAAAAAACCGAAAAUUCAAGCAAUAUCGUAAAUAAUGUAAAUCCUUACGAACCAAUCACUUCUACGGUCGAAGAAGAUGCUCCAGUGGCAACAGGAGCUCCAGCCAACAAUUCCAAUCCCUAUACAAACAAUUCUGUCAAUGAAGAAGAAGCUCCAAUUUCUUUUUCAGAUUCCAACAAUGUACAGAACAAUAUACAACCAUUGGUCGAUUCUGAUUCAUCUUCUGAUGACAAAUCUCCAAAAUUAUCAGAAAAUUCAAAUAUUAUUUUCAAUAAUUCGGAAUACAGCUCAGCGUAUACGGCCACCGAGACAACCACUGAAGACCAGAACACAAUGAUUGACAAUCCAACAUUCAGCGACUUCAGAUUAUUCGAUUAUUACAAUAAAACUCUUUCUAAUCAACUCGAAAUUGGAAAGUACUUAGAUGACUACUCAAUUGCCACUGUCAAUGACAUCCUCCUCGACUACAAGCUCAAAAACGGCUCCUGGUACUCAGAAACGAUUCCAAAGUACAAUACAACAUCUUACACAGGAACAUACAACUUCAAUUACAAUGACUCUUAUACUACAUCGUAUAACUACCAAACACCAAGCUACAACUCCUAUAAUUAUAACCAUUAUGGCGGUUAUUACGGUUAUUCCUAUGGAACACCACCUGGUCCAGGCAAAGUUGGCUUCCAGAACCUCGGCAACACCUGUUUCUUCAAUUCCGGCAUUCAAUGUCUCAUGCAUUCUAAACCAUUAGUAAAAAUGCUUCUCGGAGAGAGCUGGAAACAAGACAUCAACGAGAUCAAUCCAUUAGGAACCAAAGGCCGCCUUGUUCGUGCCUUCCAGAAGUUGUUGGAAGAAGUUUGGAGUGGAAAUUCGAGAGUUUUAGCUCCAAGCGAGUUAAAACAAGUAAUCGGUGAAUUCUCAUCGAGAUUCGCUGGCUGGGGACAACAAGAUUCCCAUGAAUUGAUCACUUUUAUGUUGGAUGGAAUCCAUGAAGACUUAAAUCGCUGCAGAGUCAAACCCCAGAUAGAUACAGUCAUUGGUGAUGGCAUAAACGAUGCAGAAACAGCAGAUUUGGCCUGGACAAACCACAUGAAGAGAAAUGAUUCGAUAAUUCAUGAUAUCUUCUAUGCACAGCUCAGAUCGAGAUGUAUAUGUCCUAAAUGUGGAAAGACAAUCGUUGUUUUUGAUCCUUAUUCCCAUUUGAGUCUUCCAAUUUCGAAUCCAAAAAUUAAACAGGUAAAAGUUACUUUCGUUCCAUACAACUUCUCCGAAAAAUACGAGACACUCAGCCUUAACGUUCCGAUCAUUCCAAAACAAAAAGAUUACGAAGAUGCCAUUUCAAAAGCAAUUUCAAGGGACGUAAAAGUCGUAAUCUGUUCGCUUUCUACGGCCAAGAGCUUGAAAUUGGGUAUCAUUGAAGGAUACUCCGUUUGUAACUACAUUGCCUUUGAAAUUCCCGAUGUUUCGAAACUUUAUGUUCCAUGUAUCGUAAAAACUAUGCAGAAAGACAACUAUUACUACUCUACACCUCAACUAAAGAAUGUAGGUGAAUAUUUCCUGUUGCCAAUUUCAAAGGAAUACGCUUUUGAUUCGAAUAAUUUCAAUUUUGAUCAAAAUGAUUCAGCCGAGAAGACAUCUAAAGCAUUAACUCAACUCGAAGAUGAAGCAGAAGUCUAUCUAAAAGAAGUCUGGAACAAGAAUUUGCAAGAAACAGAAGAAGGAAAAGAAAUGAAAGAAAAAACACAAUAUUACGGCGAAGACAUCCAAAUAAAGCAAGACAAGAUAUUCACGGCAUCACUCAAAAGCACAUAUUACUACGAUAACUCUACAUCUUUCACUUAUUCUGAUGAAUAUCCAAAUGUUACAUCAAUAACGGCCACUCUCUACAUAAACGACGAAUACAGGACCGAGAAAAAGGGAUUCUUGUAUUCCCAGUUGAUGAAACACUCAUCAGAAAUUGUCGAAGAUAAUUCCAUGGACAACGAAUCAGGCGGAGUGACUUUGGACAAGUGCUUCGAGUAUUUCUGCACAGAAGAAGUCCUGGAUGAAGAUAACGAGUGGAGAUGCCCUAAUUGCGAACAAUUCGUCUGCGCAACGAAGAAAAUGGACUUGUGGAGCGUUCCUAAGUGCUUAGUCAUACACCUCAAGAGGUUCUCCGCAGGAGAAUACUACUCCCAUAAGGAUGAAAGGUACGUAGAUUAUCCUGAUGUAAUUGACAUCGGAAAGUACAUAGUCGGACCUCAUCCGGGAUGCACGAAAUACCAACUAUACGCGGUUUCCGAGCAUAUGGGAUCUCUUGGAGGAGGACAUUACACUGCUCAUGCAGUUGUUUCGCCUUUGGACAAGAAUACAGGCGAAUGGUACUCCUUCAAUGAUUCUAGUGCCAGUGAAUCGACGGCUGCUUCAGCACAUAACGCUUCUGCCUACGUUUUGUUCUACCAAAGAAUGGAUGAGGACUGUCCAGUAAUAGAGGGCGGCCAACAGAACGAAAAUACUACUUCUGACUCAGAUCUCCCUCAGUUGAACAAAUCUCAGGAUUCUUCGUCUGAUAAUGAAAUUAUUUUGGAUAAUAAUAUCCAAAAUUCAAACAUUAGAAGAAUUGCAUCAUCCUCAAGUGAUGAGGAAGAAGAUGAUGAAGAAGAUGGAGAUAAGAAGUUAAAGGAAUCUGAAAUUAAAGAAAUUUUAUCAGAUCAUUCCUCAGAUGAUGAAGAAAAACAGAGAUUAAGACCUAAUUCAUCAGUUUUCUCAUCAAAUGAUCAGCAGGAAAAUAAUAAUCAGCAAAUAAAGCAAAGUUUGUCGGAAACUGACUCAGAUGAAGAAGAAACAAAAGAGAAACAACAAGAAAACAAUGAUUCUCCUUUGGAAAAUGAAAAUCCAACUUUGGUUCGUAAAUUGACUGAGAGUUUGUCGACUUCUUCAACAGAUGAUGAUAUCCCACACAAUGAUUAA